AUGAUGCUGUCUUUAAGCAACCUACAAAAUGUCAUCUAUAAUCCGGUAAUCCCGUAUGUUGGCACCAUCCCUGAGCACCUGGAGCCUGGGACUUUGAUUGUAAUACGUGGGCAUGUUCCAAGUGAUUCGGACAGAUUCCAGGUGGACUUGCAGUGUGGCAGCAGUGUGAAACCUCGAGCUGAUGUGGCCUUUCAUCUCAACCCACGCUUCAAAAGGGCCAACUGCAUUGUUUGUAAUACUCUGACCAGUGACAAGUGGGGGCGGGAAGAUAUCACCUAUAACAUGCCUUUUCAGAAAGAAAAGUCUUUUGAAAUCGUGAUCAUGGUGCUGAAGGACAAAUUCCAGGUGGCUGUAAAUGGAAAACACACGCUGCUCUAUGCCCACAGGAUUAGCCCAGAGAAGAUAAACACUCUGGGCGUUUACGGCAAGGUGAACAUUCAUUCCAUCGGUUUCAGCUUCAGCUCGGACUUACAAGGUCCCCAAGCAUCUUCUGUGGCGCUGACACAGAUUAACAGAGAAAAUGUGCAGAGGUCUGGCAUCUCACAGCUUCCUAGGGAUAGGGUCGCUCCCAGAACUGUCGACAAGAACAAAGAUUCGACUUGCGCCAAAAUACUACCUACCAACUGUAUUUCAAAGACUCUGCCAUUUGUCGCCAGGCUGAACUCCUCAAUGGGCCCUGAGCGGACUGUUGUCGUUAAAGGAGAGGUGAACACAAAUGCCAGAGGCUUUAAUGUUGACCUUGUAGCAGGAAAAUCAAGGGAUAUUGCUCUACAUUUGAACCCACGCCUGAAUAGUAAAGCAUUUGUAAGAAAUUCUUUUCUUCAAGACUCCUGGGGAGAAGAAGAGAGAAAUAUUACCUGUUUCCCAUUUAGUCCUGGAAUGUACUUUGAGAUGAUAAUCUAUUGUGAUGUUAAAGAAUUCAAAGUUGCCAUCAAUGGUGUACACAGCUUGGAGUACAAGCAUAGAUUUAAAGAGCUUAGCAACAUUGACACGCUGGAAAUUGAUGGAGACAUCAACUUAUUGGAAGUAAGGAGUUGGUAG